GAAAGACGCCGCCGCUGCCGCCACUGACGAGCUGCUCGCGCACAACCGCGAGAAUCGCGAGCUUCUGACAGCAGCGCGAGCGAUGCCAGUCUUCGGCUGCGAGGAAACAGACUAGUAAAGAGAAGCUCCCCCCCCGCUCUUGGCCGCGUUUUGUCUUGGUUUCAGCGGCGUGAACACAGCGCAGCGAGCAUGUCGGUGCUAGCUCUGCAAGAGUAUGAAUUCGAGAGACAGUUCAACGAGGACGAAGCCAUCCGAUGGAUGCAGGAGAACUGGAAGAAGUCCUUCCUCUUCGCGGCUCUGUACGCCGCCUGUAUCCUCGGCGGCCGUCACGUCAUGAAACAGAGGGAGAAGUUCGAGCUGAGGAAACCGCUGGUGAUAUGGUCGCUCACACUCGCUGUUUUCAGUAUAUUUGGUGCCAUCCGUACUGGGAGUUACAUGACGUACAUCUUGAUGACGAAAGGGCUUAAACAGUCGGUUUGUGACCAGAGUUUUUACAACGGGCCCGUCAGCAAGUUCUGGGCGUACGCAUUUGUACUCAGUAAAGCACCAGAAUUGGGUGACACUCUCUUCAUCGUGCUGAGGAAACAGAAGCUCAUCUUCCUCCACUGGUACCAUCACAUCACCGUGCUGCUCUACUCCUGGUACUCGUACAAAGACAUGGUGGCCGGCGGCGGCUGGUUCAUGACGAUGAACUACUUGGUCCACGCCGUCAUGUACUCUUACUACGCGCUGCGGGCGGCCGGCUUCAAGGUGUCGCGCAAGUUUGCCAUGUUCAUCACGCUGACCCAGAUCACCCAGAUGGUCAUGGGCUGCGUGGUGAACUACCUGGUGUACUCGUGGAUGCAGCAGGGCCAGGAGUGUCCGUCCCACAUGCAGAACAUUGUGUGGUCCUCCCUCAUGUACCUCAGCUACUUUGUGCUCUUUGUCCAGUUCUUCUUCGAGGCCUACGUCGGCAAGUCCAGAGCAAGGGCCGCGGCUGCGGCCGCCGCCGCCACCACCACCAAGAAGAGCGAGUAAAGAGAUGAAACAAAUGCCAUAAGUUUGAGAAGAAGGGAGAAAACAAAGAGAGGAGGGAGUUUGAGAAUGGAGAUAUGGGACCAAUGGUUUUUUAGAAAGAGAGGGAGAGGUUGAAUGAAGGCUGGGGAGACGGGUGGUGUUUGUGCUUGAGCCUUUCUACUAAUGUGCAGUUCUUUAAAAAGCCCCUUCCGAGGUGGUGACUCUGUUGAGGGGGAUGCUGGAGAAGAAGCCAGCGCUGCCAUGAUGAACCAGAAGCCAUCGCGAGUUCUUCACCUGAUGUGUAAAACAAAAAAAAGAAAAAAAAAAAAAGUAGUUCUUAAAUCGUAAAAGAUAAUGAAAAAAACAAACAAAAAACAUCAUCUGCCACAAAUGUUUACUUGAUAUUUUAAAAGAAAAUAAUAAUCAGAACAUAUGAAGAUGGAUGUGUAGUGUUAACCGGGGCCAUCGGAGUGUGUUGUUUUUCUGUCUGUCAUCUGUGUUUGUUGUUUUGUUUUGUUGGAGGAAACGUUUGAAAACACUCCCGAGUGUUUGAAGCUGCUGCGUCGGGUCGAUGUGAACUGAUGGGCUGAGCGGGACUCUAUCUUCCGUGUCUUACGUUGCAAAAUGUGAUAUUUUUCUCAGGUCUUAGGUUAUCUCUUAAAUAUAAUAUGAUAUAAUAUAAUAUGCAUAUCAAACAAGAGGUAGUCAUGUUUGGCAUCGGCGUUGGUUUACAGAAAAAGGCUGACAUACAUCCAGUAUUGGCCACAUUUAACAAACAAACAAACAAGAAGAAUGAAGUGGAUCUGUUUGACUGACUCAGAUGAUCACGCUGCACCUGGGCAUGAUGGGAAAACGGAUGCUGACCGCGCCCCUGACUUCACCGUUUGCCAUGACUUUGCAGAAGCUGCCGACCACACUUGGGGUAAGGACUUGCCGUUGAUUUCCAGAUAGUUGACUGUGUCCAAGCAUUCCGACCAGUGAAGGAAAGAAACCGAGUCUGUUGGACACUGAAAGCCCAAAUGAAGGACAAACAUAUUUAUGUUUAGCAAAAGAAGAAGAAAAACAAACAAACAAAAACAAAAAACUCAAAACAUGCAAAUUGUCAAAAAUCUGCUGUGUUGACUUUAAAAAAUAGUGUGUAACAUUAAUGUUGUGCUAUUGUGCAUUUGCACUGUAUCAAUGUCAAAAACAGUUGUUGCUGAGAAAACUUAACGUAUGAACAAAGAGUGCUAAAAAUGUGA